AUGUCGGUGUGGAAUCCAGAGAACGUGACAGAUGUCGCAGAGUCAGUCGGAAUCGCAUCCCUAAACCGCGAAGUCGCGGAGCAUUUGGCAAGAGACGUCGAAUAUCGCAUCAGUCAAGUGUUGGAAGAGGCGCUCAAGUUCAUGAGACAUGCGAAACGCACGACCCUCACGACGCAGGACGUCUCGCAAGCGCUGCGACUACUAGAUGUCGAACCGUUGUAUGGAUACGAAUCAACGCGACCGCUACGAUUUGGAGAGGCCUCAAUUGGUCCUGGACAACCGCUGUUCUAUGUGGAAGAUGAGGAGGUGGACUUUGAGAAGCUGAUCAAUGCGCCUUUGCCAAAAGUGCCGCGGGAGAUCAGCUUUACGGCGCAUUGGCUGGCAGUGGAAGGCGUACAACCAAGCAUACCACAGAACCCUACUCAGCAAGAUCAGAGGAAUCAAGAUCUGGCAUCGAAGGGACAGAAUGCGAGCACGCUUGCUGCAGUCAGCGGGAAUGACAAUGUUCAAGUCAAGCCGUUGGUCAAGCAUGUGCUCUCAAAAGAGCUGCAGCUCUACUUCGAGCGGAUAUGCACGGCGAUUCUGGACGAGCACAAUGACGAGUACCGUGCUGCCGCAUUCGCGUCGUUACAAACGGAUCCAGGACUGCAUCAACUGGUGCCUUACUUCAUUCAAUUCGCGGCAGACAAGGUCACGCACAACCUCAAAUCGCUCUUCAUUCUCACGCAGAGCAUGCUGCUCAUUGCCGCUUUGCUGGAUAAUCCGAGUUUGUACAUCGCUCCGUAUGUACCUGCUGUGGUGCCUUCAGUCUUGACCUGUCUGGUCGGCAAGCAUCUCGGUCCUUCGCAUGCAGGGGACACUCAUUUCAGUCUUCGCGACUACGCCAGCAGUCUCCUCUCGAGCAUCGCACGCAAGUACGGAUCAAGCUCAUCAACACUGAAGCCGAGAAUCGCUCGGUCUUGUUUGAAGCACUUUCUUGACUCGCACAAGCCAUUCGGAACGCACUAUGGCGCCAUUUUGGGCCUUAGUAUGAUCGCUGGCUCAGCGGGGGUGCGAUCACUGAUUCGACCGAAUCUCAAGACUUACGAUAUCCACCUGCAAGAAGGUAUGAAGGAUGACGCAAAGCGAGCUAAUGCGGAGAAAGUGGUUGAAGCUAUUAUGCGGGCACUGGACACCCUAGAGCAAGAUUCUGCUGGCGCUGUUCAAGCGAACGGCCACCCAGAGGGCGAUGCGCUCAAGGAGAGACUUGUGGAAGCGGUGGGAAAAGUCAUCGGGGCCAAGGUGUUCGAAAGUGGUAGACCAACGCUGAUAAAUGCCGUACUGGAGAAGGACCCCGCUGUUUAG